AUGCUCGUGCCGAUCAGUUUUUCAUAUUCAACGGAGACAUAUCAAAAACAGUUCCUCAAUACUUCCACACUACUUCCAAAGUCACAUUUAGCUUUCCCGAAUGUAUUGCCCUACUCCGAAAAGGUGGAAGUAAUGUUUAAUGGUCUACAGACUGCGCCGUCUUUGAGAUGUGCCAAUCCGAUGCCACAAAUUGGCCAUCCAUUCAUUAUUGGAGGUCCUGUUCUAGCAGUUGGCAAAUCAACUUUUUCUCCUGCUGGGUAUGGGAAUUCACAGAGGCUCGAAAAUGGGUUCGUUUUUCAACCCAGUCUGACCCGGAAAGUGUACAUGCCCGAAAAGUCUUUGGGAUUUGGUGCUUUUGGUGUUGUGUGGAUGGUUGUUGAUCCACGAACAGGCGACCAGGUUGCUCUUAAGAGAAUCCCCAACAUUUUUGAAAGCGUUGUGUCUGCUAAGCGAGCGUACAGAGAAUUAAAAUUGUUGUUCUCUUUAAAACAUUUAAAUAUUGUCCGCCUGAUUGAUGUCGUAAAAGUCAGCAGUUCCUCUUUGUUCAGCGAAGUCUCCGUUCUUUGCGAAUAUAUGGAUACUGAUCUGCACAAAAUAAUCGUGUCCACUCAAUAUUUGUCGCUAGAGCAUGUCAAACUGUUUGUCUAUCAGAUACUAAGAGGUCUAAAAUACCUUCAUUCUGCUGGUGUUAUUCAUCGGGACCUGAAACCAGGGAACCUCUUGGUUAAUUCUGACUGUUUAUUAAAGAUUUGCGACUUCGGUCUUGCUCGUUCAGUGCCAUCUUUUGGUGUAGAAAGAUCUUGUAAUCCACUAACCCUUGAAGUUGUGACUCAAUUCUAUAGACCACCAGAACUACUUCUAGGUUCGAAUUUUUAUACAGCUGCUGUCGAUCAGUGGAGCGUUGGCUGCAUACUUGGAGAGCUUCUUUGUCGUCAAAUUUUAUUUCAAUCUUCCAGCUCAUUUCGUCAAUUGGAUAUGAUAUUUAAUCUACUAGGAUCACCUAAUGCAAUGGAAUUAAUUGACUUAGUUGGUUUUCCGUCAUCUAGCAUAGAUUUUAUUCGUAAUUGUCCUGUACGACCAUUUAAUCAUGAUGCUGUUUUAAGAAUACUCGUUCCGGCUAAUACUCAUUAUUUUCAGUCACCGACAGAAAAUCCACCUGAUCCUAAUUUAAUUAAUUUGUUUACAGGACUUCUAAGUUUUAGUUCAUCGAAGCGGUUAACUGCUGAACAAGCGCUAGAUUCACCAUUCUUAGUUGGAGGUAGAGCUAGAUUUCAUACUUGUUUGUGCUGUUGUUGUCCACCACGUAAUCAAAGUUCAAUGAUUAACGAUUCAACUACCCACUGGAAUAAUGUAGCGAAACAAGUAAAUCAUCAUCUUUUAGCUGUUGGUUCAGUUGGUACUCUGUCAUCAUCUGGUGGUACACUACCAUCUUCACUUCAUUCAUCUAUGCUAUCACAAAGUAGAGAUAUAACGUUGCGCAUUCCUUUAUUUUUGUCACCUCAUCUAAUGAUACCAACUUCUCUUAUACGGUAUAGUUGUAUUAAUUUGGAACCAACCUUUCAAGAUAUACAUGAAUACAGUUAUUUAAAUACUGAAAUAGAAGUGAAUAACUUGUUUGAAGCUAAACAAAUAUUAUGGAAUCUAAUUCAGCAAUAUUUCCAAAGAGAUCCUAAUCGUACCCGAGUUGUGAUAAACAAUUCUUCGCCUAAUUUUCAAUCAUUUAUAAAUCUAGGCUGGAUGUCAUGCAGUGUGCUGAAGCUCAUUUCAAAUCAAAGAAUUCAAAAGCCGUUUUCAUCUCAUUACAGCUUUCUGUUUGUCUAA